AUGCCAAUCGAUAAAUCUUGGCCAGGUUACAAGAAAGGCACCAUUCCUGACGAUGGAUUCGAAUGGAUAUGGCAAAAAGCUAUCCCCGCAGAUGAACCAGAUAGACCUGUGAAAGUGGUUACCAUCCCCUUUGGAUACGAGAAGCGCGUGCUGCCUCGAGGAUGGCAGAAAACGCCCGAGAACAUGCCAUUGGAGCUUGACAUUAUUUUUGAGAAAGAUAUUGAGAUCAUCAUGCGGGACGGAGUCAAGAUAUACGCCGACAUCUAUCGGCCUGCUGACACGGGCGGAAAGAAAAUUCCAAUUAUUAUGCCAUACUCACCAUAUGGCAAAGGAGGCGGUGGCGCGAACCUGAUGGGUGUGGUGCCUUAUCGAGUGGGAGUCCCAAAGAGUCGUCAAAGCGGUCUUGAGAAGUUUGAAGGUCCUGAUCCUAACGAGUGGUGCCGCCGAGGCUACGCCAUCCUCGACCCAAAUGCCCGAGGGUCGUUCGAUAGCGAAGGGAAUUUGCAUUAUUUUGGCCGCAAGGAGGGUGAGGACUGUUACGACAUUAUUGAAUUUGCCGCGAAAUACGGUUGGUGUAAUGGAGCCGUUGGCAUGGCUGGCAACUCCUGGCUCGGAAUCGUGCAAUAUUGGGCUGCCAUGGAGCAACCGCCUCAUCUCAAAGCCAUUGCUCCAUGGGAAGGUCUCAGCGACGUCUAUCGCGAUUUAUGCCGCCGGGGAGGAAUUCCAUGGGCCCCUUUCUUAAAAUGGGUGCUCAUGGGUAUCCCAGGUCGCGGUCUUCAAGAGGCUGUCACGGAAAUGGCUGAAGCUCACGAGUUUUAUGAUGCCUAUUGGGAAUCAAAAAGGGUUGAUUUCAGCAAAAUCAAAAUCCCGUCUUAUAUCCUCGGAUCAUACUCGACAAUGCUGCACACAAUAGGCUCGGUCAGCGCAUGGAGGGAUACUAACACAGAUAAGAAAUGGUUGCGCUUCCAUCCUCAUCAAGAAUGGUACGAAGACUAUCAUUAUCGCUCCAUUGACGAUUUGGAUCGCUUCUUUACGAGAUAUCUGAAAGGAGAAGAAAAUGGCUGGGAGAAUACGCCCAAAGUUCGCGUUUCAAUGUAUCGAUUUGGUGAAAAGUACCCUCUGUACGACCAAGUCGAAACGGACUAUCCGAUCCCUCGCACCAAGUACACAAAGCUAUACCUCACAUCGAAUAAGACUUUGCAAGACUCACCUGGUACAGAGGAAGCGGUUCAUUCAUACGACUCCACUAGCGGCGAUAUGGUAACAUACGACUACAUAUUCCCAGAGCGAACAACGCUCGCCGGGUUCUCGAAACUCAAAGUUUUCGUUUCUUGUCAAGAGCACAACGAUCUCGACAUCUACGUCAUGUUGAGGAAGCUGUCAGUCGAUGGGGAGCUUAUGGAACAGUCGAAUGUGCCCCUCCACGAGCUUCCAGUGAAGUCCGUGAAAGAAGUCGCCAAUGUGAACCCGACAAAGUAUCUCGGUCCGACUGGCAUCCUCCGGGCUUCUCAUAGAGAACUCGAUUCACAGCGGUCAACGGAAUACUGGCCAGUCCACCCUCAUUUGCGUGCCGACUACGUCGAGUGUGGAAAUGUUGUCGAGAUGAAUAUCGGCAUCUGGCCGAUGGGUAUCGUCUACGAGAAGGGCGAGGGAUUGCGUCUGCAGAUAUCGGGAAAGACAAUGGUACUCCCCGAAUGGGACAACCCCCACGUCAAGCACAUGGAACCGCAGUUUAACAAAGGACGCCACAGACUGCACCUGGGCGGAAAGUAUGCAGAGAGCUUCUUGCUGGUGCCGAAGCUGUAG